AGCUCUUGCCAGUCCUGGUCCUUGCCAUGUUGCAGGAGAAGGUGGCCCCUGGGGCCGCUUUGCCAGCCAAAGAGAACACCUGCGAUGGCGUCUGUGGACGGCGUCCGAUGGCAGCUAGCCAUGGUCUGCUGCGAGUUGUGGGCGGCACAGAUGCUCUCCCGGGGACAUGGCCUUGGCAGGUUUGCUUCCAGCUACCAUCGCCAAUGGGCUACGUCAACGCCUGUGGAGGAACCCUGCUCAGCUCUCGCUGGGUCCUGACUGCCGCCCACUGCUUUCAGUUGGAAGAUGAGAUCAGAUGGUAUAGGGUGGUGCUUGGGCUCAACCGGAUCUCCCAGCCUGGUCCUGAUGCCCAGAACCGUUUAAUCAAGAGGGUGAUCAACCACAAGCUCUACAAGAACGAACUCAACAGCACAGACGGAGGGAUCCAACACGACAUUUCCUUGGUGGAGUUGACUGAGCCGGUCAGCUGCAAUGACUACAUCCAGCCGGCUUGUUUGCCUGACGAGAGUGUGACAAUCUCAAAGCUGGUCCAAUGUUCUGUCAGUGGCUGGGGAACCAUGGAAGUCAAAUCCCAAAGGCGGCCAGACGUGAUGCAAGAGGGGGUUGUUAAACUCAUACCUCACAACACAUGCAGCAGCUUAUUCUGGUGGAACAAGCGUAUCCGGCCUGAGAACAUAUGCGCUGGACACGAGAGUGGAGAAGUUACUACAUGUCAGGGUGACAGCGGAGGGCCUCUCAUGUGCAGGGAAGAAAGGUCCGAGCGGUACUUGGUCAUUGGAGUCACCAGCUGGGGACCAAUGAGCUGUGUUGAAGUUCGGAAGCCAGGUGUCUUCACCUCCACACAAGUCUACGUUGACUGGAUCACAGCCAUGACCAAAAACAGUAUUUACAAGGCUACCCACAAGCCAGUACUGGCUGAGGUCUGGCCUCCUGCAAAGCCAACAUCCCCGAUCCAAUCCAGCACCCAAAAGGUGAUGUCGAAGCAUCCCAAGCCCCUUCCCCCACCCAGGCCUCCACCUUUCCCUUCGCUCACCCCUGGGCCCAUGGUUCCACCUUCCCCUCGGUUCACACCUAGGCCCAGGCCUCCCCCUCUGUUCAUACCUGGGUUUAGGCCUCCCCUUCGGUCCACACCUGGGUACAGGCCUCCACCUUCCUCUAGGUUCACGGCUCGCCCCAAGCCUUCAACUCCUCCUUGGUUCAACCCUGCUCUCAGGCCCCCUCCUGUGUGGAAGCCCUCACGAUGGUACCUCAUUCCUCCCACACGAUGGUACUUAGUUCCUCAAAGACCAUCAAAGUGGGGAACCAUGACUCCUUCUUGGAGAAGACCCCAUACUACUCACCGUCCCUGGACGGGGCCUGCCCUAUGGGGAAUGACCCUACCUUUGAGGACAACUCCCAGAAAGUGGUAUCAUAGGACAAAGGCUCCUGGGCGGUUUGGGGCAACUUGGGCCUCACGUCAAUUACAACUGCAACCAAACCCACAAUUAUCACCCCCUGGUCAUUAUAUCUCUCACAAUUGGAAUCCAAGUUUUGCCCAACCUGGCAGUCAGUCUGCUAUGCUCUUGCCCCCUAGAGGACCAGAAAGGGGGUAGAUCUCUUAAGAGAAGCAAGACAGAAGAGAACAGGAAGGAAGAUGAUGGCCUGGUCCCCAUCCUUGUUUGGCCAUAAACCAAAAGUCAUUUCUUCUGCUGGGAUCCCCAAUCCCAACCCCUCAUUCUUUCCAACAUUCCCGGUUAAAGUUAGACUAUCUUGCAACAUGGACUUCGCCUUCUUAUAACUAACUUUCCUUGGAAUUUCUCAUGGGACUUUAUUUAUACUGGGUUCUUCAAAGUGCACGUUGAAAUAAAAAAAGAAUUAAAAUUAA